AUGGUUAACACUUGGGACGACAAAAAUGAUGAAUUGGAUGAGUGUAUCGAAAAUUCGAAAGCUAAUGAUGCGCAGCUUUCAAGAAAUACAGAUGGUUCAGCUGCCAUCUCUUUUACUAUCGAGGAUGCACCAAGGGCAACAACAAGGUCAGCAAGGUAUUCUGCUUCAUCAGUGCAGGCAGCGAGGACAGUUUGCCUCUUUGUUAGUUUUUUUGGCUUGGUGAGUUAUUGAUCGUCUCCUCUGGAAGUAUGUUCCGAAAUUGUGCGUGUCCCCAAAUUUAGCAACAUUAGAGUCCAACAGGAGUGUGAAUGUCCUGUGGGCUAUUUCAUUUAAUAUACAACCCAUCCCCCACCCCCCACCUCCCCGUACUUCAUUAAUGGGAGGCGGGAGGGGGUUGUAAGCUUAUAUGAAAUGGAAUUGCCCUGUAGGAAGCAUAGUAGAUCCUGUUGAUCUUGUAGAUCUUUUGGAUCCUGUGGCACUCUACAGGUGUUUUACAUGACAAUAAUUUUUCUCAACCAGUAGAGUUUUCUCUUUGGCAUGGGACUGUAAUUUGCCAGUGGCUGUUUGCCCAUGUAGCUUAGUAGCGAAGAGGAAAUUAUCUACCUCUCUUUAAUAACAAAAUAUAAAAAUUAGCAAGCAAAAGUUGGGUGAAAUGAAAUGGGGAAAAACUAGCUCGAAAACCCUAACCAAUGUCGAAAUCGUCAGGACACACAAUAGAGUCUGUUUUCGUUUCAACAAUGCUGAUUCACAUACCAGCAGGCUAACUGGCUAACAGGUUAACCGUUUUUCAAGCACUUGAAAGACGAAAGAAACAUAAUAAUAAUAAUUAAUGAUACCAGUCCAUUACAUCUUCAUUUCCUUUAAUUUAGCUGUUUAUUGUUAUUUUAAUCGGUAACACCUGUACAUUAAAAUCAAAAAUAAUGGUAAUAGUUUUGUUUCGGAAGGCCUUUCAAAACAGUUAAUUUCCCGAUCGCUAUUGGCGCCCUUUCGCUCACGUGUUUGUUAGCUCAAAUUACACUCUAGUAUUGCGUCUACUGUCAGCAUUGCUUAGGGAGAAUGAAUGCGUGACAAACGAACCACAAAGGACAUCUGCGGGAGGGUAGUUUUAGUUUUAGUUUUAGCUUUCCUUCCGUCUUAGCCUUUACGAUGUCUUAUAACUUGCGAGAUCGUAUUCCUCGUGAUUACGCAGGAAUGCACGAGGGGCAACAUGUUGAUGAUGACCAAGAUGAAUUUCAGGACAGGUUUUAGUACCACUCACCCGCCGCCGGCUCCGGUUUUGCCCUCUACCAACCAAGUUCAGCCCUCCAGUACUCCCUUUUCGGGGACUCAGACCAAUACGAGUGCCCCAAAUGAAGACGUAGCUGCACUAACCGCUGAGAUUGCCCGGGUAGGAGCCGAGAAUGAAGCUCUGGAACGCGAGACAGAGGUGGCCCGCCUGAAAGCCGAAUUAGUCACCCUACGACAACGGAAUACACAACUACAAAAGCAGAAACAGCCUCAGCCCAGCUCCAAUCCUACCAUUGUUGUUGUUGUUGUAGUUAAUUAAUAUAAGUUACAGGCAUAAUGUCAUCAAAAAACCAUAAAAAAACUUUGGGGUAGUCAGUUGGGUUGAGCAUGUACGUAGUUUUAAAUUCCUUAUAUCUACCGACUCGAGUAACUGAUCCUGGGUCUCUAACGAAUACUUCUUUACUUGUCUCUGGAUGUUAAAAAUUACGUCUGGGGCAAAGUUUAAGGCAGCUGUCCAAGAUUGAGUUGAAAGAAAUGAAAGUUGUUGCAUGAGAUCCUUCCACCAAUUAAAGGAGAUUUAGAAAUUCAAUCGUGAAGCAAAUGUGUCAAUUAACGAUAAAACUCUUUUGAUUAUCAAAUUGAAAAGCCUCUUCAUUGAUCAUCUAAUUUUGCUAUGAAAGAAUGAUUAAUCUUGAAAAUUAUGAGUCUCGGGAAAUUUUGAUCAAUCUCCAAAGCAAUUGUUAUGAGUCUUGAAGUCUCAUAUUUUCCUAUUUUCCUUCAAUUCUGUCUCAGAGUCUUGAACUCUUUGCUGCACUCACUUGAAUUUUUCAGCAAAGUCUAAAAUAAACAUCUCCCAAGUUUGAUAAGAUCUUUAGCUGUUAUUUAAGGUGAUAUUUAAAGCUCUGCAUCUUAUUUGUUUUGAUUUAUUUAUUUACAGGGUGAAUGUGUGGCCAUCUAUGGACCUGCCCUGAUAGAAUUGGCCUGCCACACAAGUACCAAACUAGAGAAUAUGUCAUAUGUGUUUAUGUCACGCUCAGUUGGUUACCUUGUGGGAAGCAUUAUUGGCGGCUGGUUGUAUGAUAAGUAUAAUGGCCAUGGAGUCUUGACACUUUCCUGUGUUUGGAGCACUGCCAUGAUGAUAGUUUUGCCAUAUGCUACAUCUCUGAUUGGUUUACUUAUCGUAUACGCACUGUUGGGGAUAGGCCUUGGAGCGAUUGAUACAUGUAAGCAAAACUUGAGCUGACUUUAUUUGCUGUAUUAAUUACCAUCAAUUUUAUUAGGUUAUAUGUUUGGAGAGUCUGUUUAAACUUACAAUAACCCCAUACGGGAUCACUCUCAGUGGGGUAACCUAAUGAAAAAUUCUCGGCAAAGAAGACCACAAGAGGAAAGCUAGCACAUCUAAGUUUUUUUAUAGCUUUCAUUGAAAUGGUGACACGAUCAGAUUUUUAAUCCACAGACUCAAAAAUCAACUUCUGCAGCAUGAUAUAAAGUACUAUAUAUUAACAGGUUAGGUUUUUGUACAUGGGCUCAUAAGUAAAAACCAUUUUGUACAGUACUAACCAGUGCCAUGUUCAGUAAAAUACUGGUCAGUGGCCCAGGCUGACUCGCAAGAUCCAGCGCUCCUGGAUUUGAGUCUCAUUCUGGCCACUCCAAUGCUGGAUUUGUUCGUGGUUGUCCUGAGUUCAAAUUCUCGGCCAUGCUUGUAAAUAACCAAAUGGUUACCUCCUGCCAGUUGGGGUUUUUAUAAUCCUGUUAUGUUCUAUUUGGAUUAUUUUUUCCAUCACACUGACUAAUAGACCUUUCCCGCAUUACGCUCCAGUGAACAAACACAAAGAAAUGAGGACGAGGCUCGGGUGGACAGUUUCAUACAAAUCACUGUAUUUUGUCCACCCAAGCCUCGAGUUGGUGCCUUUGUUCACUGGAAUGCGGGAAAGGUCUAUUAGCCAUUCUGUCUGCUCUACAUUAAUCACAAGCUCGCAGGUCUGCUCCCAUCUAAAGCUGAGCACCAUAGGCAGCUGCGAACCAAUAAAAAGUUUAACGUGCCAGUGUGCAAGACUGAUCGUCUUAAAAAAUCUUUUAUUGUUAGCCAUAGCCUAAGAAUGUAAAUAAAUUUGUUUAAGUAUGUAUAUUUUCCUAACACAAGGUUAUCCUAAGUGAAAUGUUUUUAUUAGAUUUGUACAUUUUUAUUAUUAUAGUUUUUUAAAUCCAUUUUAACUAUAACUUGUAUAUUAUACGCGUAAUUCAGUCUUCGGACUGCAAGGUGUUUCUUUUUUUAAUAAACAAUUUAUCUAUCUAUCUAUCUAUCUAUCUAAUCUCCUGAGGAUAAAGGUCGUGACUUGGGAGAAUUUAAUUUUCCCUUACUAGUAGCUGAUGGCUCAAGUUGGUUAUCAAAGCUAAAAAUAGAUGUUUGUACAACCGACCUAAUAUUUUAUUACUGAGUACGUGCAGGGCUUUCAAACCUUUGAUAAUUAAAUGUUGAUUUAGAUGAGAUCCCUAAUUUGUCAGAUAUACAUUAUGUGAAGGAAGAUCAUUGCCAAAGAAAGCCUGAAGGCUUUCUUUUCGCAACUGCAAAAGUUGCGUAUGUAACUGCGAUGAUCUUAAUCGAUAUCCUUCACAUAAUUCUUCACUCCGCAGUUCACAUUAAUAUAAUUUUCAUAUAUUCAUAACUUCAAGAUAUACAUUGCAUAAUCAAUGUAUCAUACAUUAGGGUCUGCACAAUUGGGUGUUUGCAUGCUGCUCAAAAAAAGUGGUUGAAAGCUGCUCGUAUUUUGUCUAACUGGAAACAAAUAGCUGUCGACAAUGGUUCCAUGCUUGUUCUGUACUAUUUAUGUUCUCAAUAUACACUACAUCAUUUUUCUUUUUUUUAUUGCAGGUGGAAAUGUACUUUUGCUAAACGUUUGGGGAGAGAAAUCACCACCGUACAUGCAAGCUCUUCACUUUUUGUUUGCACUUGGUAGUUUCAUAGCUCCACUCAUAGCUAAACCAUUCCUUCAAGAGAACAUUGUCCCUACAAAUAACUGUGCCAAUACCAACAGCAGUCAAUGUGCAAGUAAUAAUAGCAUAGGAGACAGUUCAAAUAACUUGUGCUUUAGCAAUUCCAGUGGAAAUACUUUUCCUGUUAAAUGGGCCUUCUGGAUCUGUGCUUUUCCUCUUGCAGUCACUGGUAUUGGAUUCUUAGUCUUUGUUUUCAUCAAAUCAUGCAGCUUACAGGACAAGCGGAUACCAAGGAUGAGGAUGCUCCAAAGACCAAACAGGGUAGCUUGA